CUCUGUCUGCCUCUUGAUCACUCUCCAAUGGCUUCUCACUGCACACUCUCACUUUCACUCAAACUCACAUUCAUUCUCAUCUUCAUAACCAUUAAUCCAUCUUCAUCAUUAACUCUAACUUCAGAAGUAGACACUUUGUUAACAUUUAAGUCCACUAUUAAUGACCCAAUGAACCAUCUUUCAUCAUGGUCCAAAACCACCACAACUCACUAUUGUAACUGGACUGGGGUCAUUUGCACCACAACCACAAAUACUAUCUCAUCUUUGACCCUUCAAAACCUUAAUCUUUCAGGUGAAAUCUCACCAUCUAUUUGUCAACUCAACAAUCUUGUCACACUUAACUUGGCUGAUAACUUUUUUAACCAACCUAUUCCUUUACAUCUUUCUCAAUGUGAGUCUUUGAACACUUUGAAUUUAAGUAGUAAUCUCAUUUGGGGCACAAUCCCUGAUCAGAUUUCUGAGUUUAAAUUGUUAAAGUUUCUUGAUUUAAGUAAAAACCAUAUUGAAGGAAAGAUCCCAGAUGGGGUUGGCUCAUUAGUCAAUCUUGAACUACUUAAUCUUGGUAACAAUUUGUUAUCAGGAAAUGUGCCAAAUGUUCUUGGAAAUCUUACUAAUUUGGUUGUUCUUGAUUUGUCACUAAAUCCAUUUAUGGAAAGUGAGAUUUCUAGUGAUAUUGGGAAGCUUAUGAACCUUGAGAAACUUUUGUUGCAAAGAUCUGGUUUUUAUGGUGAAAUACCAAGCUCCAUAAGUGAACUAAAAAGUUUGACUUUUGUUGACUUCUCUCAGAACAAUCUUACAGGUGUUUUGCCUUCAAGAUUUGGUAAAAAGUUGGUAUCUUUUGAUGUGUCACAGAAUAAUCUUUUUGGGUUUUUCCCAACUGGGAUUUGUGAAUCAAAUGAGCUUAGAAGUGUUAGUCUCCAUACUAACUUUUUUAAUGGAACAUUAGUCAAUACUUCUGUUGCUAAUUGUUUGAAUCUUGAGAGGUUAGAGCUACAAAACAAUAGGUUUCAUGGAGAUUUCCCAAAUAACUUAUGGUCAUUGCCUAAGAUUAAAGUUAUUAGAGCCGAAAACAAUAGGUUUUCGGGUGAAAUUCCUGACUCGAUAUCGAUAGCUUCUCAACUAGAACAAGUUCAAAUAGAUAACAAUAGUUUCAUUAGUAAAAUCCCUCAUGGUCUUGGCAUGGUUAAAAGCUUAUACAGAUUUUCUGCCUCACUUAAUGGUUUAUAUGGCGAGCUUCCACCGAACUUUUGUGAUUCGCCUGUAAUGAGUAUCAUCAACUUUUCACACAAUUACAUUGAAGGAGAAAUCCCAGAGCUAAAAGAGUGUAAAAAGUUAGUUUCUUUAUCUUUGGCAGAUAACAGUUUUGUAGGUAAAAUUCCAGAGUCAUUAGGAGAUUUGCCUGUAUUAACUUACCUUGAUCUUUCUCAUAAUAACCUUACUGGAGAAAUCCCACUUGAGCUUCAAAAUUUGAAACUUGCCCUUUUUAAUGUGUCUUUCAAUAGGCUAUCUGGUCAAGUUCCCUCUUCGUUAAUCUUGGGUCUUCCUGCCUUAUACAUACAAGGAAAUCCUGAGCUGUGUGGGCCCGGAUUGUCUAGUUCGUGUCCCAACCGUGGCUCUAGUCGCAAAUUAGGUAUAUCAAAACUAACUUGUGCAUUGGUCUCUUUAGCUUUAAUAGCUGGGAUACUGAGUUUGGCACUUGGAUUUUUCAUUGUUCGUAGAUCUUCAAUCCAAAAAUCUGAAACGGGUAACUGGAAAUCUGUUUUCUUUUACCCGCUUAGAGUUACUGAACAUGAUUUGAUCAUUGCGAUGGAUGAAAAAGCCGCUAGAGGUAGUUAUGGAGCUUUUGGUAGAGUUUACAUUGUAAAUUUGCCUAGUAAUGAGCUCAUAGCUGUGAAAAAGAUGCCAACUUUAAGAAAUCAAUCUUUCAGAAGUUUGAAAACUGAAGUGAAGACUAUGGCGAAAAUAAGACACAAAAACAUAGCUAGAAUCUUGGGAUUUUGCCAUUCAGAUGAUUCAAUCUUUUUGAUCUAUGAAUGUAUGGAAAAAGGAAGUCUUGGUGAUAUGAUCAACACAGGGAAUUUUCAAUUGGCUUGGAGUUUUCGUUUAAAAAUUGCCAUUGGAAUUGCUCAAGGAUUGGCUUAUCUUCACAGAGAUUAUGUUCCUCAUUUGCUUCACAGAGAUGUUAAAUCGAGAAACGUUCUUUUGGACACAGAAUUUGAGCCCAAGCUUACGGAUUUUUCAUUGGAUCGGAUUGUAGGUGAAAAUGCAUUCCAAUCCUCCAUGGCUUCAAAAGCUUCGUGUUACAUGGCACCAGAGUUUGGGUACAACAAAAAGGCAACAGAACAAAUGGACACAUAUGGGUUUGGUGUUAUCUUACUAGAGCUGGUAUCAGGCCGAGCAGCAGAGCCAACGGAGUCAAGUGAAGAGUCUGUCGAUAUAUUGAAAUGGGUCAGAAGGAAAGUUAACAUAAGUAACGGGUCAGUUCAAGUUCUUGACCCAAAAAUCUCAAACUCAUGCCAACAAGAAGCUUUAGGAAUGCUUGAAAUUGCUUUACAUUGCACGUCAGUUAUGCCAGAAAAACGACCUUCUAUGUAUGAAGUGGUGGCUGCUCUUCAGUCCCUUGGCUCAAAGACUCGUUUUCCUAGUCAUGAUUUGGCGGUUUGAUGCCAGAACCAAAAGAAAACGUAUAUCAAGUUGUAUAUGUAAAUUAUCAAGUUUAUAUAUCUUUUUGUUUCAUCUU